CCAUCCAGGUUGCAUGAAGGAGCCUUAAUAUGGAAAAGACAGCAUCAAGAAGGCGGAGUUCUGUGCCCAGCACGCACAUCAGGACAUGGUCAGUGUUCAACAGAAGAGGUGCAGUCAUCCAGAGUGCACGAAGAAUCCGUCGUAUGGAAAAGACGGCAGCAAGAAGGUGGAGUUCUGCGUCCAGCACGCACAUCAGGACAUGGUCAAUGUUGUCCGCAAGCGGUGCGGCCAUCCAGAGUGCAUGAAGUUGUCUUCAUAUGGCAAAGACGACAGCAAGACGGCGGAGUUCUGUGCCCGGCACGCGCAACAGGGAAUGGUCGAUGUUGAUAAUAAAAGGUGCUGCCAUUCAGGUUGCACGAAACGUCCGUCGUUUGGAAAAGACGGCAGCAAGAUGGCGGAGGUCUACCGGCAGCACGUGCAACAGGGCAUGGUCGAUGUUGUGAGCAAGAGGUGCGACCAUCCAGGUUGCACGAAGCGGCGGUCGUAUGGAAAAAACGGCAGCAAGAAUGCGGAGUUCUGUGUCCAGCACAGCGACGGGGGAAUGAUGAAUGUCCGACGUGCUAAACUCCAGUAGUAGCACUAAGACGUACUGCCGCACGUGUGGUCUCGUACCGUUCCGGACGGUCGUUGGUAGGUUGACCCCGCUACGUACGCGCUAGAUACAUGGUUUGGCAAAGGGAAAUUUUGACGCAUGUCGCCGGCCUGUCUUGACCAACACCGUCUUCCACGCGCAUGGCGCGUGAGUGCAUGUUUUUUUUCCUUUCGUUUCGUCGGCCUGUGCACGCUGUGCAUGGAGGUAGGGAUUGCACAAGGCGUACAUAUUACCGUCGUGUUCCUG